UAUUUACUGGUCUCUGUCUGUCAGCAAUCGGUCUCUGGUCCCUUUUUCCACUGCUCUGUCAACUCUUGGUUUUAGGCUGAGGGGGAUUUCUCUUCUACCUCUCUAUAAAACAAGGCAGACGGAAAGAAACUGCAGCCAGUGGGACGAUUCAACCAAUUGUCAACAGAGGACUGCUUCUUGGACACACAGUUUGGAAGCUUUCCACCAACCUGCUAUGCGUGUUGCAGCCUGUCACCUCUGUACUCUGAGCACUGCAGUAAAUAAAGGAGGAAGAGGAAAAACUCACACCACAGAGGGACAACUAUAAACAGCAUCCAAGUGAAACUAGAUGGGAAUUAGUAGGAGACAAAACCUGCUGUAGUGCUGGGCUGGUAUCUCUCCCUCCCACUGCUCAGCCUGAAGAACCUGCUUUCCUGACACAAACAGCAAAAGGCUCCAACGACACUAGCUGAAGACUGAUCAGCAGAAUUGAAGCCCUGGUAUCCAAAAAGGCAAAGAAGAAAUGGCUGAAGGAGAAAUAACAACGUUCUCAGCUCUAACAGAAAAGUUUGAUCUUCCGAUGGGGAAUUACAAGAAUCCCAAGCUGCUUUACUGCAGCAAUGGAGGCCACUUUUUGAGGAUAUGUCCUGAUCGCAAAGUUGAUGGCACAAUGGACCGAAAAGACCGAUAUAUUCAGCUGCUCCUAAGUGCGGAAAAUUUGGGUGAGGUAUAUAUAAAGUGCGUGGAGUCUGGACAGUACUUGGCUAUGGAUGACACUGGGUUGUUAUAUGGCUCGUUACCAACGGAGGAGUGUUUGUUUCUGGAAAGAAUGGAAGAAAACCAUUACAAUACCUAUACGUCAAAGAAGCAUGCAGAUAAGAACUGGUUCGUUGGCUUAAAAAAGAAUGGAAAAAGUAAACUGGGACCACGGACGCACUAUGGACAAAAAGCUAUACUUUUCCUUCCCCUGGAAAUAACCCCUGAUUAGAAAGUUUACCUCACAAAGUAUAGUAUGUCCCUUAGGGUCCCUUAGGAUGAAACACCCAAUAGCCUUUCCAUUUCCUCUCCUUUUAUUUUGCCACUCUGGGGAACAUUAAAAAGGGAGGAACAAAAGUACUUGGGACAAAAAAAAAGCAAACUAUGUUAAAUAUGCACCUAUUGCUGACAUCAUCCAGAUGCAUCUCAUAAUCUCCAAAGUGAACUGAGUGAAUUGUAGUCAUAGAUAGGCAUGUACAUGCAACUGCUACAGAUCUACAUGCCAACGCUUCCCUUUUUGAAAAUGUAUUUGGGUGGUGUAAUUUUCAAAGAUAGCUUUUCAUAAUUCUUGUUUACAUAUGGGAACAUAACCUAUGACACCAUAGCUAAUCUCUUCUUUGAAACAAAUUAAUUAUGUGCUAUUUAGAACCAAAAACAUAACCUUUUCUUUAAGUAAUAUUGCUGUGGUUCUUGAUAAACAUUUAUAUGCCA